AUGAGCAAAGCAGGCAACCCACAGAGACGCACCACCUACCUCAUUUCCCUCACUCUGGUGAAGGUUGAGGCUGUGCCAGAGGAUGUAGCAGGGAACCAGGCGGAGGCUCUUCCAGAGGGGGAAGGGAGCCCUAAGAAGGAGGAGAAGGAGGAGCCGAGCAAUGCCCCUGAAAAAGAGGAGUGCGUGGAAGUGGUGGAAAAGGAAAACACGCAGGUGGAAGAGGAGUUGGAGCUGGUGCACAUCAAGUAUGGCAGCCCCAGCGAGACCAGAGGGAAGCCUGACAGGAGGGAGACACAUGGCCACCAGAAAGACGUCGUGUCAGUCGGUAAGAGCAAAGACGCUUGUUUUGUGCAGCCACCUGUUAGGCAGAUGGUGAAAGUCUAUGGAGGAACUACCUCUGAGGGGACUGUGCGCAGAGAGGGACCUCGCUCAGAAGCCCUGCGUCCUAAAACGGAGAUCUACCGCGAGCCCCCCAUGCUGUUCCUAAAGGGGGAGAACGGAGCAGACUUGAGCAGUCGCUCUCGUUGCAGCCUCCCCUUCUCUGUCCCGCCACCCAUCAGCCAGCGUCCUGAAGUCGUGAUGAGGCCCCAUGCUGGAGGGAACUCUGCGUGCUGGAGGGAGCUCAGAGAGGCCAACGCAAGCUUGUACCACUCUGCUAAGACUUUGGACCGAAGAGAUAACCGUUUAGGGGACCAGUCCCCUUUAAUGGCAGCUACAACUCUGGGGCCUUACAGGGCGUCCUGGGCCGACAGCGACGGCAGGGGGACGCUCAUCCGGCCCGGAGCUCCCAUCAGCGGAGGGUUUUCAGGCGUAAUGACCCGGGACAGCCCUCAGGGGGAGAGAUUUAAGACAGUUUCUGUUUCCUUACCCGCACCUCCUGCCACAGAUGCAUCCAGGCCUCAAAGAAAAGGUACAAGUCGUACCCUGGACAACAGCGACCUACAUUCCCUCUCUGAGGACCUGAAGAAGGGGAAGGAGGGCCAGGGGGGAACAAUCCAGCGAGCUCCUCCCCGCGAUCGCAAGAUGCUCAAGUUCAUCAGUGGGAUUUUUACCAAAAGUACACCUGUGCCACCCAGCGUCAACACUGCACCUCCUCUCUAUCCAGCUCUGGAGAGAGGCUCGAGUGAGGAGGAAGCUCCAUGCACCAGCAGUCAAGAAUGGACCAUGAGCCAAACUGUACAAGAGCUUCAUUUGGGUGUUUUGGGAGGUCUGUGCAGUGGGAAGUCGGCUCUGGUCCACAGACAUCUGACAGGGAGUUACCUGCCACUGGAGAACGCAGAAGGCCGCCAGUACAUUAAGGACGUCCUAGUUGAUGGGCAGAGCCACUUGUUGAUAAUCAGAGAAGAAACAGAACUCCCAGCAGCUCAGCUUGCGAGUUGGGUGGACGCAGUCAUCUUGGUGUUCAGUUUGGAAAACGAGUCCAGCUUCCAGGAAGUUUACAAAAUCUACCACCAGCUCGCUGUCCAUCGGCCCAUUGCUGAGAUACCUUUCAUAGUAGUCGGCACUCAGGAUAAGAUCAGCAGCACCAACCCCAGAGUAAUAGACGAUGCCAGGGCCAGACAGCUCUGCUCAGACGUGCGACGCUGCACCUACUACGAAACCUGCGCGACGUACGGCCUCAACGUCAACCGAGUCUUCACGGAUGCUGCUCAGAAGAUCAUGGCAGCCAAGAAGCAAGCUGCUCUGCUGGCUUCCUGUAAAUCUCUUCCCAAUUCUCCCAGUCACUCCGGAGGCUCCACACCAGUGUCCGGCGUCUUUCCAGGACAGGCCAGUAACGGCGGUCAGAGCAGCGAUUACUCCUCAUCGCUUCCCUCCACUCCUGUGAUCAGUCAUAAAGAGAUUGGCAGAACACUGAGAGGGGAGAAACAAGACAGCGCAACGCCUGGUUCGGUCCGCAGUGUCCGAAGACGCACCAGCAGAUUUGCGGGUCGGAGAGGCAGCGACUCAAACAGAAGGAGCGCGGACUAUAAGGGGGAUCUGGGCAGUGGACGCUGCAUCCCGAUCAAACAGGGCAUCUUGCUGAAGCGCAGUGGGAACUCGCUCAACAAAGAGUGGAAGAAGAAGUAUGUCACGCUGUCCAACGACGGCAUACUGUCCUAUCACGCCAGUGUCAAUGACUACAUGCUGAACGCCCCAGGGAAAGAGAUGGACCUGCUGCGAGUGACAGUGAAGGUGCCGGGAAAACGACCGCCCCGUGCUGUACCCACCUGUGGCCCUCCAGCCGGGCUCAAUGGGCGGGUCAAAGAUGUGCCGGGGCCUGAGGUGCCGGUGAGCGCGAGUGGCCUCCUCCAGAUGGAGGAGAUGGAGGGUCUGGGUGGAGGACUGUUCCUGAGAAGUAACAGAGGAGUGCAACGAUGUCCGUCCACACUGUCUAACCACGCUCAAAGCGUUGACUCUGCAGUUGAGGGAGUCUCCAGCUCUUCCUCCACCAAAGAUGUAGGCUGUGCCUCCCCAGUGACAGACAGGAAGAAGCAUCGCAGAAAGAAGAGCAUGAACCAGAAAGGAGAUGCAACCAUUGGCCAGGCAGAUGCCAAGCGCAAAAUGUGGAAACUCAAAAGCUUUGGUAGUUUAAGAAACGUAAGCAAGACAGAUGAGGACAAUUUUGACUUCCUCAUUGUGUCGAGUACUGGCCAGACGUGGCACUUUGAAGCCCAGAGUGUGGAGGAGAGGGACUCCUGGGUCCAAGCCAUUGAGAGCCAGAUCCUGGCCAGCCUGCAGCUGUGUGAGAGCAGCAAAAACAAGGCUCGCAAGAACAGCCAGAGUGAAGCAGUGGCUCUGCAGGCGAUUCGCAAUGCAAAGGGCAACAACUUCUGUGUCGACUGCGAUGCUCCCAAUCCAACCUGGGCCAGCCUGAAUCUGGGCGCCCUCAUAUGCAUCGAGUGCUCUGGGAUCCACAGAAACUUGGGGACCCACCUGUCACGAGUUCGCUCUCUGGCCCUCGAUGAUCUGCCGCGAGAGCUGACGCUGGUUCUCAGUGCCAUCGGCAACCACAUGGUCAACAGUACAUGGGAGGCGCGCACACUGGGCCACCGUAAACCAGCACCUGAUGCCUCACGAGAGGAGCGGGAGUCGUGGAUAAGAGCCAAGUAUGAGCAGAAGCUGUUUGUGGCGCCGCUGCCUCCUCCCACACCCAACGAGGGUCCAGACAUCACUCUAUCUGGCCGUCUUCUGUUGGCAGUGAUGGAGCACAAUCUUCCCAAGCUGCUGCUCCUCUUGGCCCACUGCACUAAGGAGGACAUUAAUGCCCCUCUCAGCCUGGCGCUCUCCUCCAGGUCCCUGUUAGCGUUGCGGCUGCCUGGAUCUGCCCUGCACGCCGCCUGUCAGCAGGGCGAUGUGGUGAUGACACAGCUGCUGGUUUGGUACGGCUGUGAUGUCCGGCAUCGGGACGCUCAGGGUCAGACGGCGUUGGCUCUGGCCCACAGCGCCGGCAGCCAGGAGUGCGUCGACAUCCUGCUCCAGUACGGCUGCCCGAAUGAACCGGCUCCCUCCGUCGCCGCGACAGUUGGCUUCGCAGCGGCCGCCACGUCCAGCUUCCCCGUUGCCAUGACACCGAGCCUGACGGUCGCCACCACGCUCAAGAUCUCGCACAAGAGCGGCGGCGCCAGCUUGAGCUACAGCACCUCCAGGAGGGCCGUGUCGUAA